AAUAAAUCCAAAAGUGUUUGUCUUUGAUUCGUAUUCGUUCCAAAUGAGUUGUAUGAAUCGUUCGAGGUUUUUGAUAAAGACUUUGAUAAACAGAGCACGAACCCUUGCACGGCUUGGAUCCUCCUCUCUCACUCAGCCGCCGCAACCUCCGUCUCUUGCCUCCGCGUUUUCUUCAUCCUCCGUCAUGAACGGCCUUGAAACUCACAGCACAAAACUCUGCAUCGUCGGCAGUGGCCCUGCGGCUCACACGGCGGCGAUUUACGCUGCUAGGGCGGAGCUUAAGCCUCUUCUCUUCGAAGGAUGGAUGGCUAACGACAUCGCUCCCGGCGGCCAAUUAACAACCACCACCGACGUCGAGAAUUUCCCUGGCUUUCCUGAAGGUAUUCUCGGCGCCGAGCUCACCGACAAAUUCCGCAAGCAAUCGGAGCGAUUCGGCACCACGAUCUUCACGGAGACGGUGACGAAGGUCGAUUUCUCUUCGAAACCGUUUAAGCUAUUCACAGACUCCAAAGCCGUUAUCGCCGACGCCGUGAUCCUCGCUACCGGAGCUGUAGCCAAGCGGCUAAGCUUCCCUGGAUCUGGUGAAGGUUCUGGAGGUUUCUGGAAUCGAGGAAUCUCCGCUUGUGCUGUCUGCGACGGAGCUGCUCCGAUUUUCCGUGACAAGCCACUCGCGGUGAUCGGCGGAGGCGAUUCGGCAAUGGAGGAGGCGAAUUUCCUCACGAAGUAUGGAUCCAAAGUUCAUAUAAUCCACAGGAGAGACGUUUUCAGGGCGUCUAAGAUUAUGCAGCAGAGAGCUCUGUCGAAUCCGAAGAUCGACGUCGUUUGGAACUCGACGGUUGUGGAAGCUUACGGAGACGGAGAGAGAGGCGUUCUCGGAGGGUUGAAGGUGAAGAAUGUGGUUACUGGAGAGGUUUCUGAUUUGAAAGUCUCGGGAUUGUUCUUUGCGAUUGGUCAUGAGCCAGCAACGAAGUUUCUGGAUGGUUCGGUUGAGUUAGAUUCAGAUGGUUAUGUGGUGACCAAGCCUGGUACUACACAGACUAGCAUCGCCGGAGUUUUUGCUGCCGGCGAUGUCCAGGAUAAGAAGUAUAGGCAGGCGGUUACAGCUGCAGGAAGUGGUUGCAUGGCAGCUUUGGAUGCAGAGCAUUACUUACAGGAGAUUGGAUCUCAGCAAGGUAAGAGUGAUUGAGAUAAUUGCUCAGAUCAAAGCCUAAGAAUGAGAUUCGAUCUUUAGCAUUAGUUAAGGGACUUUGAAUUGUUUAUUUCUUAAUACUGCACUUAGAGUUGAGUAUGGUUAUUGUUCAAAGUUGUAAGUCUAAUGGUACGACAAAAGUCCCUUACAUUUGAUUCACAGAUGAUGCCUUCACAUUCGUUUAUUCAGUGAA